AUGGUUUUUACAACAGAAUCAUCAUCGACAAUAGAAACUUCUACAUCAACCAAUCCAACAUUUGUUAUUUCUCCAUUUCAAACCAAACGUUUACCUAUUAAUCCUGAUGUUGUUGCACCUGAUGGUUCAUUGGUUCGUACUUUAUUGACAACAGUUGGUGGUAGUAUGGCACAAUUCGAUCUUCCUGCUCGAAUGACAUCACAGGCUGUCGAACAUCGAAGUGUUUAUGAAAUAUGGUAUUUUCUAUCUGGUGAAGGUGAAUUUUGGCGCAAACAGAAUGAGAGAGAAGAAAUUGUAACAGUUGAUGCUGAUAUAUGUAUUACCAUUCCAGUGGGAACACAAUUUCAAUUUCGUACAAUUGGAAGAAAAAGUCUAGUGGCAGUGGCAAUUACAAUGCCACCAUGGCCAGGAGAUAAUGAAGCUAUAUUGAGAAAAGGUAUUUGGAAUGCAAGUUUGACUGAAAUUGAAAACUCAUCGACGAAAUUAUUUAAUUCAAUCUAUCUGUUCACAACUAUUGUUACCUUCUUCGUAGUAGAAAUGCGGUAA